CCAUAAAACUUUUAUUUUCUGAGUAAAAAAAUAUUCUCAGAAUGAAUUAUUUUACUCAGCUAAGAAUUAGAACUUUUUUAUCCGCCAUAAAAAAAUAUUCUCAACUUUGAGAAUAUUCUCAGCUGAGAAUUUUUCAGAAUUUUUUUUCUCAGCUGAGAAUUUUUUUCUCGACGAUGUAAGCGGCAAACGGAACUCUUUCGUGUUUGAAAACCAGAAAAGAGUGCUAAAGUUCGCGAAAAUGCAGAAGAUUUACAGUCCGUAAAAGAACAUCUGACGAGGUAAAGAAGAAGUACUAUAACUUAAAACAAAGAAGUAAAGAAAAAUAUGACCUGCAAAAGAGACCAAAAACAGGAGGAGGUCCUGCUGCCAAAACCACCCAGGCAGAGGAACUCCUCAUCAGUCAUAUGCUGGAAGAUAACCAUACGCAGCUGACUGGUUUGCCAGAGGGUGUAGACACUGAUAUAAUUGCAUCCCAAUCUUCUGGAUCCUGGAUGACAAGACAGAAGGAGGCUCUUGAUCUCUUCAAAGAACUAUCAGAAUUUACACCAAAUGAGGAGCUUGAUGGACAGGCUGAAGCUGACAAAGAACCUACAUGUACUGUAGCAAAUGUAGUGGAAGAACAGGGACAAAAUGGUGAAAAGACAAGUACACCAAGAUCUAACCCAAAAGGUAAAGGAAACAUAAAAAGAGGAAGAAGGACUUUGGCAGAGUUAGAAGAGGAAAACUUACUUUUGGAUAACGAACGGUUACGUGAAGAAACCAAGAGGAUAAAACUAGAACAAGAAAAUUUGAAAUUAGCAAAAGAAGUUUAUAUUUUGAAAAAACAAUGUUUAAUAUGUAAACUGCAGUCUGAGUUUCCUGAUUGUGUACAAAUUUUAGAUGAACCAUAAUUACAACAUGUUUAUUACUGUAAAUCUGGAUAUUUUGGUGUUCAAUUCUACAUAACUUAAAAUUAUUACUAUUUUUCACUCAAACACAUGUAUAAUACUUGGUAAAAUAUUGUUUAACAUUGUAACCAUUUUGUCACCUUGACAUAAAUCCAUAUCAUUCAAAUGUAACCAACUGUAUAUUUUAGAAUUUUUGUAUCCUGGCCCUUUUUCAAAUUUUAGAUAAGUGGUGGCUAUAAAUCUGUUGCAUAAUGCUAGGCUAAUCAAAUCUUUGUGUAAGAGAUCCCUUUUUUUUUAAUAUACUAAUUUGUUAAUUCAAAUAAGACCAAAAAUGUAUUUUUACCUGUCAGACAUGAAUUAGGAAAAUUCCAUGUUAGUAUUAUCUACAAAUAUUAUAAAACACAUAAAAAAAAAAAAGAUUAACUAUCAUAUUAGGAAUUCUUAACUGACUUAAAUAUUAUCUUCUUAGUGAUCAAAAGUUAUAUUAACCAUGAAUGAGAAUGUGAAAUUGGUA